AAGACGCGCAUAGCCGCCUAGCUGUCUCCACAACAAACGUACGGAUAUCAGAAACGGUUACACCUCAAUGGAAAAAACAGCAGAGUAGACUAGACCAUUUGCGACCGUGCAUGUAUAACGGACAGUCAAUAUAUCGCAUAAUAAAAACACAUAUAAGUAGGCUAUUCUCUCGGUCUUCCUCGCGCUUGCCAGAAACCACCAUGUCGCUGUAUCCAUCAUUGGAGGACAUGAAGGUGGAUCAAUUUAUACAGGCUCGAAGUAGUACUUACUCUGCCAGUCCAAGCAAGACACCUGCUCUACAGGAUGCUCCAAAUCCAAAUCCUGUGGAGGAAGAAAUGGGACUCUACCCCAAACUGUACCCUGAGCUCUCAGAGUUCAUGGGGCUGAACCUCAGUGAGGAUACACUUCGCCAGGCGCUGUCCAUGGUACCAGUAGAAGACUACUCUGGGGCAGUGGCUCCCAGGACUUCCGCUCUGAGCUUCAUGAGCGCUCCGAUCACAGGGAAUGACUGUGGCAUCCGCAGGGCUGAGAUACGGCAAGGCAUCAGGGAGGUCAUCCUCUGCAAGGACAGCGACGGCAAGAUCGGACUGCGCCUCAAAUCUGUGGACAAUGGUGUGUUUGUUCAGCUGGUACAGGCGAACACUGCCGCGGCAUUGGGCGGCCUGCGCUUUGGAGAUCAGGUGCUGCAGAUAAACGGGGAGAACUGCGCUGGGUGGAGCACGGACAAGGCCCACAAGGUGCUGAAGAACGCCAGCGCCGAGAGGAUAGCCUUUGUGGUACGGGACAGACCAUUUGAGCGUACCAUCACCCUGCACAAAGACAUCAACGGCCAAUUGGGUUUCAUCUUUAAGAAGGGGAAGAUCACCUUUAUCGUGAAGGACAGUUCUGCUGCCCGCAACGGCCUCCUGACUGAUCACCACAUUUGUGAAGUCAAUGGGCAGAAUGUCAUUGGACUUAAGGAUCCCCAGAUUACAGACAUCUUGACCUCUGCUGGUGGAGUGAUAACUGUCACAGUGACACCCACCAUCAUCUUUGAGCACAUGACGAAAAAGAUGUCUUCCAGCAUUGUGAAGAGCCUAAUGGAUCACUCUAUCCCGGAGGUGUGAGGCCGGCAGUCAUGUGAUGGGAAAUGAAGAGGAAUACCAAUAACGUUAUAUGAAUGAUGAGAAAUGAUGAUUCUGCUGAGUUGUGCUCAUAACCCCACGUCUCAACGCUGCAUCCUGCGUUCGUGAAACAGACCAGUCACAUGUGCAUCUUUAUGCCAUUACUUCAAUCAAAACCCAUAACCACGUUUCUGCGAUUAAAAAAGUAGUGUGUAAAAUCAUCUCUGUACAGUAUGUUUGUUUCAAGCUCUAAAAUAAGUCCAUAUGGAUUCAGAUGUCGAUUCCUGCAGCGCUAGAGGAGUUAUGGUUUUGAAUUACCCCACAAAUUCAGUUUAACAGAUUUGAUUUUAUAGGGUUCUGAGCAAUAGACCCCCGUCUUGCCCAAUGGGAUAAAGCUCUAUUGUAGCCAGUCUUUGGAUUGAAUGAUACCUUGAGCUCAUCAAUUAACAAAUCUCAUACCCUCCUUUUUUGUCAGUGGAAAUGACUUUCCUCUUUUAUGACUUUGUAGUCAAGUGACACAAUCUAUCUUCUUCUGUACUUUGAAUUACCCAUAUUUUUUGCCCUCAUCCAUUGUAUACGUUUGAAAUGUUUCACAUGUAUACCUUCUAGUACAUGUUGUAAGCUUUAAGAACAAACUAUUUACCUGAGAAAGUGAAAAUGCUUGGGUGUUUGAAGGUAUCCUAACAUAAUAAUAUUCAAAACCAGCCCACAAUAAUAUGUAGAUACUAUAAUUUAGUUUAAUCUCAACUGUAUGUCAUUUUAUCAAUCCAUUCCUGCAUAUAUUGGUGGGUUAAAAUGCCCUGCAUGAUCAUCAACGUCAUUUUCGCACAAAAUACACAAUUGUGUUUUACUAUGACAGCUUUCCAGUGUUAAUUAAAUAAAGCCAUACAAACUUUC